ACAAAGCAACAGAACUACAGUGGCACACAGAGUUCCUUUCAAAACAAUCCUUUGGAGAGUUUCACAAACGCCAGUAUACAACGAAAAAUCAUUGAGAAAAUGUUUAGAUCCAUUUUUGGACAAAACUUCUUUACAAGACCUCGGUCUUCAGGAGAUAUGGACUCUUCUUCGAAGAAGUCCAAACGAAGGCGUGAGAGACCUUCGUCUCCUGAAGACCUCAACCCUCCCACCAUCUUGAGGGAGCACGGACGAAGGGGUGAGAGACCUUCGUCUAGUGGAGGCACCAACCCUUCUACCAUCAUGAAGGGGCACAGGGAAAGGGGUGAGGGCCCUUUGUCUUGUGCAGAAAACCAGCCCUCUACUACCAGGCAGCACGUACAAAGGGGUGAGAGCCCUUCGUUGUCAUCUUCUGAAGAUGACCAGCGUUGUACAACCAGGCUGCUAGUACGAAGGGAUGUGAGCUCCUUGUUCAUCGUGGGCACCAACCCUUCUACCAUUAUGAAGGAGAGCAGGCAAAGGGGCGAGAGCUCUUUGUCUUCCUCUUCUGAAGAUGAUGAGCCUUCUCCCACCAGGCAGCGAGUACGAAGGUUUGAGAGCCCUUCUUCUUCAUCCUCUGAAGACAAGCAGCCUUCUACUCCAAGGCGGAAGCAAGCAUGGAGGGGUGAGAGCCCUUCAUCGUCAUCUUCUGAAGAUGACCAGCGUUGUACCACCAGGCUGCGAGUACGAAGGUUUGAGAGCCCUUCCUUUUCAUCCUCUGAAGACAAGCAGCCUACUACUCGGAGGCGGCAGCAAGCAUGGAGGGGUGAGAGCCCUUCGUCGUCAUCUUCUGAGGAUGACCAGCGUUCUACCUUAAGGCUGCAAGUACGAAGGGAUGUGAGCUCUCUGUUCAUCGUGGGCACCAACCCUUCUGCCAUCAUGAAGGAGAGCAGGCAAAGGGGAGAGAGCUCUUUGUCUUCCUCUUCUGAAGAGGAUGAGCCUUCUAUCACCAGGCAGCGAGUACGAAGGUUUGAGAGCCCUUCCUCUUCAUCCUCCGAAGACAAGCACCCUACUACUCCAAGGCGGCAGCAAGCAUGGAGAGGUGAGAGCCCUUCGUCGUCAUCUUCUGAAGAUGACCAGCGUUCUACCACCAGGCAGCAAGAACGAAAGGAUGUGAGCUCUUUGUUCUUCGUAGGCACAAACAUGAAGGAGCGCAGGCGAAAGGGUGAGAGCCCUUUGUCUUGUGCAGAAAACACGCCCUCUACCACCAGUGCAAGAAAGGAGAGGGAGAUCAUUGAAAGAGAAAAGCAGUGUUUGGAGGAGGAGGGUUUAAAAAGAGAAAGAGAGAGGUGUGAAAAGAUGAAGAGAAAGAACCAGGAGAAGGAGAGGAAAAUGUUUAGUCCGCGUUCAAGAAUGUACAUUUGGUGGCUCAAUUGCAAGAUAGACAACAUUGCCAGGGACAUCCAAUCGACCUUUGUGGAUGAGCGCUACCUCCUGCGUCAUGAUCCCCUCAGAAAUCCAGAGAAAAUGGCAGAAAAAGAACGGCUGCUUGACCGAAGGAGGGAGCUGGUCGUGUACAAACGCAGACAAGAAUUUAAGGUGGAGAGGGAAGUGAGGAAGCAAAGACUGAAGGUAGAGAGGAAGGAAAUAAAUGCGAAGAAGAUGGAGAAUAUCUCUGAGUUAUGGACCAACUCAGAAUACCCAGCUCUGUUAAAUUUUCUCUACGGACCAAUGCCAAUCAGGUCACAUAUAUAUAUAAAUUAAGAUAAAAGUAGAGCAAUCAGAAAAAUGGCACCAAAUAGAGAGAGGUAAUUGAGGGAGACGGCAAACAUUUCAGAUUUGACAAAAUAGAAGUAAAGAAAAGUAAAAUAUUCUUUUAAAACAUUAGCAACCACCAUCAAAUAUCCUUGUAACCACAUGAUAACACCCUAGAUGUUGGCUUUAAUUUAGUUAUACAGUCAAAGAGCAUUGUGCAAAUAACAGUGUCCUAACUUAAUGCCACUUGACCCAAUCUAAUUCAUCCUAACCUAGGCUAAUUUAACCAAGGUUAGCCCAACACCUAUCCUAAUUUAGCUUUGGUUAGGCUCUGGCAGAGGGUUAGGGUUAGACCCUAAAGACAGUAUAAAGAAGAAAGUAAGGCAAGAAUAGGUUGAAAAUAGUAAUAAAAACUUAUAAAAAAAACAGUAGAAAGAAGGAAGGUAAC